CCCGCCAAAUCAACCAAGUUAAUUAGGACUAACUAGGUUUUUGCCAAUUGUGAAUUAGAUAUGGACGCGUUGUUGCGUUAAAAAAUAUAGAAGUUAAAAAGUACGCUUUACGCGUCUUUGGAUUGGAUCGUUUAUGCAUAUCUAAAGUUGGUGUUGAUUGGAAGCUACAAAACAGAAAAUGAAGAUUGUUUCACACCGAAAGAAUCUUCAGUUGCUGACUCUGUCCUUACUGUGCACCUAAGAACAAAGUGUGCUUAGCAUUACUAUGAAGAGGAGGCCACACCCAGAGACCCAGAGAGGGAAGCUCUGUGUCGGCUAGGUGACAUAGUUUCGCCACAAGGAAAAGGCUGGUAGGUAGAGAGAAGUGAGGCGGGAAUCGGUGGUGUCUUAUUACAGGGAAGUUCUUCUGCUUAUCGGAGUUGGGGUCAAGGCUAGCCGCUCUCAUAGAUCUGCAAUAUAUUUAUAAAAGCUUUGGAAGGAUGCCUGAAGGGAACAUGCAUAAAGGACAGGCUUGAGUCCUCCAGGAGUAACAGGACGGAAGGACAAGUGGAGGAAGAAAGAGGAAAAUUGAUGUGAUUUGGAGAGCUGAGCCAAGUCUUUUGUGGGAUUGCAUUAGAAAGGGAUUUAUUGGCUUGACUGCAUCUUUUGGAGGUCCCACAAGUGAGGAAGAGCCACAAUGGCGAUUGAAAAAGCAGUGCUUGCUGAGAGCGCCACACCCCUCAACCCUGAGAAUACACAAAGACCUCAGCCUGGAAAGCGCAGAAAGGCCAUGACGGCUCCGAGGUCCCAGGCACAGAAGGCAGUUGCGUGGAGGAAAGCCAUCAUUACUGUGGUGUUGGUGCUGGUUGUACUGGCCCUGUUAGCAGUAACCAUAUAUUUCGUCAAAGUGCUGAUCGACAGCAAGUAUUUCUUCUGUACAAAGUCGGUGAAGUUCAUCCCUCUGGCGCUGACUUGCAACGGGCAGGCAGACUGCAUUGAUGCUGAAGAUGAACAGCAAUGUGUGACCAAUCAGACUGUUCGCACCCUCUUCCCUGUCCGUCUGGUGUCAAACGAUAGUGUGCUGCAGGUGCACGUCGCUGGGACAGGCUGGACGACAGUGUGUGCCGACGGCUGGACUGCUGCACACUCCCAGUUGGCCUGCAAGAAGCUGGGUUACACAACCAAUCCAAGCAGCACCAGUGUACCCGUCCCAGACUUGCCGUCCUAUUUAAUUUCCACCUUCAGUGCAGUCACAUCCAGCAGUCCUUUGUCUGCUAAUCUAACAGCCGUUAAGCGCCAGACCUGUUCUACCAAUGCCGUGGUUUCGCUGUCCUGCUCAGACUGCGGGAACUCAGCAGUGAAGGACCGCAUCGUGGGUGGUGUGGACGCCAUGAUCGAUGAAUGGCCCUGGCAAGUCAGCCUGCAGUACAACGGACAGCACACCUGCGGGGGCUCGCUGCUGUCUGAGAGCUGGGUCGUCACGGCGGCGCACUGCUUCACUAGUGACCGACUGCUGACGCGGUGGCGGGUUGUUUCAGGCCAGACGUCUGUGGUGUCUUUGGGAGGCUCCUACGUGGACAAGAUCAUAGUCAACGGGCAGUACGACCCCACCUCUAGCGACUAUGAUAUUACCCUGAUACACCUCACUAACCCCAUCACUGUGGGAGUUUCUCAACGCCCUAUCUGCCUGCCCCCCUAUAACUUGAACCUGCAAAACGGAGCCCCCCUGGUAGUGACAGGCUGGGGAUAUACGAAAGAAGACGGUCACGUGUCCAAUACGCUUCAGAAGGCCGAUAUUACUCUCAUAGACAGUGACACCUGUUCCUCAGCCAUGGUCUAUAGCACAAUGAUCACUCCCAGAAUGCUCUGCGCAGGAUUCCUUACAGGCAACGUAGACGCAUGUCAGGGUGAUAGUGGAGGUCCUUUGACAUACCUGACAGAAUAUUGGCAGCUGGCAGGUGUGGUAAGCUGGGGCGUGGGCUGUGCUCGCCCAGGCCGCCCCGGAGUCUACUCCAACGUCACCUCGAUGCUCAACUGGAUCUACACGACCAUGGAGAAAAACUCAUAAGGACCGAAAGUACUUGAAUUUUGAUUAUCGCACUCAGGAGACAAUCUGGGAAAAUUCUGACUACUGGAUUCAUCUUUUGUUGCCAAAACAGUCCUGCUGUCUCGAAAGUGGGCAGAAAUAUGUCCAGUCUUCUGUGUAUGUUUUGUUUUUGUUUGUAGCUUAAGAAGCUGCCAUCUUCAGGGUUUAUUUUAGGUUUACAUUAUGGUUAGGGUGAAAUUUAACGCUCAGGGCAUCGCUAUUUUUGGGUGUUUUGUAGUCGUGGAAGGCCUAACACGUCAAGAAUUCUCAGGGUUCCUCUGAAAGACACCAACCUAAAAUGUUUACACCCAAAAUGUAUAUUUAAAAAAAAAAAAAAAAAAAAAACUAAUUCCUGAAAGUUACCUUGCACUCAAUUCAUAAAAUUCUUUUAG